ACGCAGAUUUUGUUAGCACGGUAUCUUAAAGAUUUUCUACGAUGACCAUUUUGUCAUGGAACCUUUGUUUUGAAAACAUUUUUAAAACUUUUGGCGACCAUCUUGUUAGCUUGCUGGCUAGUAUUUGUUGUUACGGUUUCUGUCUUAAGUUAGCUCUAUGGUAAGCUCAAACUAGGUUAGUGGGCUAACUAGCUAGUUUACUUUCUGCAAAUAUAUGAUGUUAGCUAGCUAGAUACUUACAUGGCUUAAUGUGCAUGUCUAAUUUCUUAAAAUAACGUAAAUCUUAAGUGACAGGAGGAUUUGUGUCUUACGGUGGAAAAGUCAACAUGACUACAGCUGCCCUUCGAAUUGGAGACCAGUUGAUCCUGGAAGAGGAUUACGAUGAGAACUAUAUCCCCACUGAACAAGAGAUCCACGAGUAUGCCAGAGAAAUUGGCAUUGACCCUAAUCUGGAGCCAGAGCUCCUCUGGCUGGCCAGAGAGGGGAUUGUAGCCCCACUGCCUCCUGAAUGGAAACCCUGUCAGGAUGUGACUGGCGAUGUGUACUACUUCAACUUCUCCACGGGCCAGUCCACCUGGGACCACCCCUGUGAUGAGCACUACCGCCAACUAGUAGCACAGGAGCGGGAGCGUGCUCAGUCAUGCCACAGCAGAGCUACCCCUGCCAUCUCGAGGUCUGCUUUCAUAGGCAGCAAAAAGGACAGGGAGAAGAAGAAGAAGAAGAAAGAGAAAAAAAAGAAGGAACCAUUGGGGUUGAAAGCUCCAGGAGUCCUGGCUCCAGUCAGAGGUGUGUGUGAUGCUUCAGUUCCGGGGCUGCAAAGUUUCCUGGGCAACUCCACAGACCACCAUCCUAUAAAGUAUUCACUAGGGGAUGUUGUAUCUGGAGCCAGAGGACGACAGGAAGAGAGUCCAUCUCUGGCUCCGCCAAUAUUUCCUUCAGACGGGGAUGUGGAAGAAGAGGAUGAGGAAGAACAGAGGAAGGCUUCUGUCCAUGAGAGUCUGCUUGGUUCAUCUCACCUGUUGCAGAAUCUGCACUUGGAUCUGGAUGCUCUGAAUGGGGGAUUGCACUAUGAGGCCAGUGAAGUCAGUGGCUCUGCUCCUGUGGAGGAAAGAACGGAACCAGAACUCCAGGAUCUUGCUCUGUCAGGAGACCGAUCCCCUGAUCCACCCUCUCAGGAUUCCCGACAUAGCUGUAACCUCUCCUCCAGGCCACUGGGGGGCAGAAGAGAUUUCAGCACAGAGAAUGUGUUUCCUUCCAGCAGUGGGGACAGAAGCACUAUGGAGGAUGAGUUUCCUGACAAAGAGAGGGAUGAUGAAAAGGAGGGAGUGGGUGGAAAGAGGGAUCAAGCAGAGAAGAGGAAAGAGAAGAAGCAAAAAAAACAGACAGAGGAUGAAGUGAUGGUGUACAGUGAAGGAAGUGAACAAACUGCAGUUAGGGACAGAGAGGAACCCUCAGAUGGAAAAAAGCAAGAAAGAGUUGGAGACAUAGACAGAGAGACAAAAAGUAGAACAGGUAGUGAUAGAGUGAGUUCUGAAGUAGGCAAGAGGAAUUACAGAGAGGAGAGAAAAAUUCCAAAAACCUCAGAGAGAGAUGAGCAUGAUAAGGUCACUCACAGAUGGCUAGACAGACAGGAUGUGUCCGGAGCAAAAGAUUCCAAACAGGAUCAAGGAGAAAUGGAUGUGAGGGAAGGAGAUAAGGAGAGAAGGGAGGAAGGAAAGAGGAGAGGAACUGUGAACCAUGAUGAACAGAAGAGAUCUGAUGACUCCAGGGAGGAGGUAGAGAGGAACAUACAGAGGUCAGAUGGAAAAAGCAGAGAGGAUAAAAGGGAGAGUGAGACCAGAGAAAUAUGUGUGAAGAGUGACCGUUUGGUGAAUGGCAGUGAUGGUGAGGUGCAAUGGCAUGUGGUUAGCUCAGUGGAACAUGACAGUAUGGAUGAGGAUGUGCAGAGACCAAAAGAGCAAAAAGGUGCUAUGUGGGGUAAGGUGUAUGGAAAGAGAGUCAGAGACAAGGGUGAGAGUGAAGAGGAGGAGAGUAGUGUGAGAAACUCUUUAGAAGAAAGGGAUGAAUUUGAGAGAAAAGGUAGAGGAGAUAGUCAUGAGAUGGGAGAAGACUGUGUGCAGCACGAGAUAAACGAGUGUAAUGAGGGAGAGCAGAACAAGGGAGGGGCAGAGAUGAGUAUAAAGCAUACUGAGGAGGAAGAGGGAGAGAAAGAUAUGAGUAUUGAUGGGAAAGGAAACUGCAUUCUGAAUCUGGACUGGAAGAAUUCUGACUGGCCUGAGAGAAAAAAUCAGAAACCUAUUCAGACAGGUGAAUGCACUGCAGGCCGACCGACAGACAGCAGCGCUGCCUUGAACAUCACUGGAGACAGUGAGGACAAAGCGAAGGAGCUCUUUGAGAACCCCAGACUGUUAAAAAUUGAACCCAGAGGGGGCUUGCAUGCACCACUCCAACCACCAUACCUGCAGAAAGACAUUCUGGGAAAGAAGUUACUUCCUCAGUGGGGUCGGGUCCCCAGUGAGGAGUCAGAAAUCACUCAGCAUGUUGAAGCAUUCUCACGCCAUUCUGAUGAUGCUAAGGUGGAUUUCCUCUCCAAAUUUUCGGAGAACAUUCUAGACCUGACGGAUCUCUCCCCAGCAGAGCCCUCUGCAGUGCUGGCGGGUACUACAGAUGAGAAAGGUGGAGAGAGAGAGGAAGAUGAUAACAUGGAGGAGGAGAAUAGAGCACAGGCUGCAGAGAGGAGGCAUCAGCAGAAAGUGAGUUUAGACAUGUUGCUCUCUGACCAUGACUUGGAGCAUUCCUCCCGUUCAUCCUCUUCCUCGCUCUCCAAACCCUCCAGUCCACAGCAAGAGCUGCUAAAAAGCAGCAACAGUGCUCUCUGCUGCCUGAGGCCAGAGACAGCCCAUGGGAGACUGGCCAGGAUCAUGACAGCAGAGGUGACAGAGCAGGACAUGGAGGAAGAAAAGGGAAAGAAAGAGGAGGAGGGAGAGGAGAAGAGAAGGAAGCAAGAGGCACAUGACAAAAGAAGGAAGGAGCAAAAACCAAGAGAGGACGAGCAGAAGAGAACAAUGAGAAUAGAGACCAGAAAGUGGGAGGAGCAGGAAGCAGAGAGAGAGGGAAGAAUGAGAGAGCGACUGACCACACAACUCCUCAGAGAACAAACCAGCGAUGAGGAGCUCAAGGAAAAUAAGAGGAGACAGCAGUAUGGAGAGAAGGAGAGGUGGAGGCAGAGUGUGGAGACAAACAACCAGAUAGAGGAAGAGAGGGUCAAAGUGGCACAGGAGCGGGAAAGGAGACUGCACCUCCUCCAAGAGGAGCUGAGGAGAGAAGAGGAAGAGGAGGAGAAACGGAUGAAAAAGGAGAACGAGGAGAGGAUCAGGGCUCUUGAAUACAGAUUGCAAAGAGAGAUGAAGGAGGAGGAAGAUUGUCUGCACAAAGACACACAAACCAAACUACAGCAACUUAAGGAGCAGGCACUGAGAGAAAGAGAAACACAAAUAUGCAAACUCAGGGAGGAGAAUGAUGCGAGGUUGAGAGAGUUGCACUCUGAAUUGGAAGCAGAGCGAGAGAGAAUGGAGGCAUGGAGUUGGUGGGACCUGGACAAGAUAAAGGCACAGUCAGAGGAGGAGCUUAACACUGAGAGGAAGUGGCUUCAGAAAAGGAAGGAGGAGCAGUUAGCCUCAUUCAAACUAAAGGGCAGGGUAGGUGAUCAACAGAGGGAACUGAGGAGUCCUUGGCCUGAGCUGCAGCUGUACGAGUACCAGAGAGAGCUAUCUGAUGUGUUGCAGGAAGUAAGAGAGGAGGUGCAGAGGGAACACAACAGGAAGCUGGAGCAGCUCAAAGAGGAGCAUCGACACCAGCUCCAGACUCUUAGACACACACACCUGGAGGAGGAGACCAUGCAGAGAGAGCAGUUGCUGAGUGCUCAGCUAGAGGAGAGAGAGAAGUUGCUGGCCUCACACACAUCCCAGCUGGAACAGCUCAGACUACAGCUCGACUCCCAGCUCCAACAGACCCACAAAACACACAUGCAGAAGGAGUUAGAAGUGCAGGGGCUGAUCAAGCAGCUGGAGAUGAAAACCAAAGAGCUCAAAACUCAGGAAUUACAACUCCAAGCUCAAGCAGGAGAUUUAAAGAAGAGGAGGCAGCAGCUGAGCGAGGAAGAAGAUGAAGCUGAGAAGGGGAUAGAGGCUCUUCCACAUCUCCUAAGAGAGAGGGAAAGUCUGCAUGCUGAGCUGGAGAGGUUAAGGGAAGACAGGAGGAGAGAGAGGGAGGAGAUGGAAAGAGAGAGAGAAGAAAGGAGGAGAGAGACAGAGGUGAACAGAAGGAUGAUGGUGGAGAAAGAGAGACUGCAGAGCCAAUCAGCGCUCCUGCAGGCCAGAUGUGAUGAGUUCCACAGAAGGCUCAGUGAGUUGGAUCAGAAAGAGAGUAAAGAAUGUGAGCUGGAGAGAAAGAAAGAGGAGGAGAGAGAGGAGAAGAAGAAAUGUAAGGAAGAGUCACUCCGAUUGGAGGAUUUGGAACUGCCUCUUUCCCCUGUGCCCGCCUCCCGUGACAACCACAGCAGCAUAGAUGACCUGCGAGAGUAUAUCUCAUGUGAGGGUGUGUCUCUGCAGAGAGCAAGAUGGUUCUUAGAGAAACAAACCAGCUGUCUGAGAGAGAGACAGGCAGCACUGAAGGCAGCCCACCCCACCCUGCAGAACCAUACACCAGGAGGCUCUGCUCACCAUUUCUGCCAGGAGGUGAGUGAUCUCGAGGAUCUGAGGGAGACGGUGCAGAAGGGGCACACACUACUGCAAAAGAAGGAGGAGAGACUUAGCCAGCUGGAACAUUCACUGGCAGAGGAGCUGUCGUGUGAUGAAGACGAAAGGUUGGUAGGAGAUCGCAAAGUCACAUUUCAUGUCACAGAUUCAGAGACAAGCAGUGUGUAUGGCCAACAAGGGACAGCUCCUACACUUCCAGUGAAAGUGCAGCAGUUAGCGGAGUCACUACAGCAGAUCUCUGGCCAGCUGAACACAGUGCUGGGUGCAUUGGGAUCUCUCACCCAGAGGACACUUCCAUUCCAGCCCCUCUCUCAGCAACCCCGAUCCUCCUCCUAUCCUCCCCCCCCCUCCUGGGCAUGGCCACCAAGCCCCACCUCCUCCUCAGCAGCCAAUCAGAACGGUUUCUCUCACUCUUUCUCACAUACUAUUAAUGGAGUCACAAAAAGGCAUGGGUCUGAUCUGGUAAACACCCACUGGAACAAACUCUUCUCUGGAGUUUCCAUGGAUACCAGUACCCCCUAUGCCAUGAGUGCUCCCAGAGCAUAUUGUGGAUACACUCCAGCAAGUCUCUCCUCUGUCCAGUCCUCUGAGCUAGAUGGCCAGAGGCUGCAGGGACUGAUCGAAGGCAACAAAAGGUGGCUGGAAACACGACGCAAAGACCCCAACAUGCCUCUUUUCACACGCUACCGAACUCCCCCUUCGAUGAAUGGUUUGGUCCAGCUGAGCCUGGAUGAUAACAAUCAGAUUAAGGUGUACCAUUACUGAAAAUGGAUAAAAAGUCAUGUCCAUAUAUGUCCAGUGCAUUCCAAUAAAAGCAUAUGCAAAAUUCAUGCAUGCCUAUGAAAAUGAGAGAAAACGGAUAUAAACAUUCACAGAGACUAAGCACAUAAUAUAUAACACUAAUGAGGCCCAUUAAGCACAGAGGAGUCUGUGUGCACGCACACGUGUGCGUGCUUAACCAAGUGAGUUGCAUGAAUUGUAUGGGGGGGAAAAAAAAAAAAGUGCGAGUUGGACUGUCCCCCUUAAUGUAUGAACUCAGGUUACCACCAUUAGGUGUAGGAGCUGAUAUCCACAACAGCAAACAGGAAAUAAAGAAAAGACAGUUAUAGACUCGAUAAACAAUCAACUGGCACUUCGUGUGGCAAUGGGAGUAUGAGAGAGAAGAGCUGAAGGCUAGAAAAAAACUGAUCCUGUUUUUACAAGCUGAAAUGUUUUCAGAACUGAGACUGACUCUCUCCAGUCUUGCUCCCUUUUCUCUAUGAUCAUCAAAACAUAAAUGUAGAAGAACCAGUCUGCUUUUUUAGUCAUUUAUGUUAGAAGCUUGUCAGACUGUAAAACAGUUGAAAACUUCCAACCUGUAAUCACAGGAGCCUUUACAUAAACAGGAACUGGGGAGGUUUUGCACUGUGGUUUCCACUCAAUACCACAAAAACCUCAUGAAACUGAUAACAUAAUAUUCAAGACAUCAGAGCAAUCCUACUGUUAUAUUAUAGUCCAUAAUCUUAGUUGCCCUACCUGAAAGCAAAAAUCACCAGCAGAGGUUAUGUAAGCCAUGAGUCACAGCUUUCUAGGGGUGUUGGUGUUAUGCUUCAGAGCAAUAUUGUUUACAUAUGUGACACUUGGGGACCAGCCAAUGCUUAGCCUGUAUAUCCCUUUGUGUAGUUUGGAAUUUUUGCAUGUAUUUUUGUAAAACCUGAAUAAAUCUGGUGUUUUAUAUC